AUGAAGCGCGCGAUCCGCCAAAUUGUCCAUGACGACUGCGAGUACGCUACCAUGGACUCGCCACGCGGGUCCAUGCCCAGCGCAGAAACGCCAUGGCGGGACAUGCCUCACCCCAUGGGGAGAGUGAACUGGAUCAGCCUUCUCACAAUGGUUUGGAUGGACCCACUCAUGCGCCGUGGCGCCGAACGAACUCUGCAAGAGGACGACGUGUGGCAGCUGAGCCCCCAAGACACGGCAGCGAAACUCCACGAUAGAUUUCGAGUCCACUGGAUGCGCGAAGAGGGUUCCGGUGAUCCGAGUUUUGCACGCGCACUGUGGCGGACGCUAAAAGUCCAAUCGUGUGUGGCCACUGCCAUCUGCGGGUUCUACUCUGCCCUCAUGCUUGUUCAGCCGACUGUGAUCAAGUCCCUCGUGGAAUAUCUGCAAGCGCCAGAGGAUUUGCCGCCGCGUACGACAUUGGGAAUCUCGUCGGGAUAUGCAUUAGCUGGUCUCUUGGCUCUCUCGUCGUUUUUGGCAGUGACAAUGAAUGACUUUGGUCAAUUCUUGACGUCGAAUUUGGGUGUCAACGCCAAGUCGAUCGUGAUGGAUUGUGUCUACCUCAAGUCGCUGAAGCUCUCGGGCCAUUCCAGACACGACCUGUCGUCUGGGGAGAUCGUCACACUGGCUGCAGUCGAUUCUGAGCGAGUGUAUCAGGGCUAUUUGGGAGGUCCGUGGGUGUUGGUGGCGCCACUCACCCUGUUGAUCAUGUUCGUUCUCGUCGGCAUCGACAUGGGCAUUAUUGUGGGGCUUGUCGGGGGGACGACGACCGUCGCCAUUCUGUACGGGGGAUAUGUGUCAUCCAAGGCGGUGGGGGACCUUCGCCGAGAAACGACGACUGUCCAAGCUGAACGAGUCAAGCUCACCAACGAAAUACUCCACGGAAUUCGAGUCGUCAAGCUCUACGCCUGGGAAACCUACAUGGAGGAGCGCAUUAAAACCAUCCGCGCCAAGGAACUAGCCCUGCUCCGAUCGUACCAGUACCAACGCGUGCUCAACACAGUCGUGUUGUCCAUUGCCCCGGUCUUUUCUCUGGCUUUGUGUCUUGCUGUAUACAUCGCCCAAGGCAACGAACUCACCACACCGCUGGCAUUCACCAUCUUGGCGUACAUGAAUGUGGCCCGAAUUCCAUACUCAAUCUAUUCGAGCUCUGUCAUGUGUGCAUCCGAAGCUGUGGCCUCAUGCGCUCGCGUUGGCUGCCAUUCAGGCUAG